AUGAACACCGCGUCAACUGUUCCGAGGAAGGGGGCGCAGCGUAGCCAGUUCCAUCGAGUGCGAGCUCAGGAACACGUUCGCUAUGUUGAAAAGACAUGCGAGUUGCUUGAUUCGAAAAAGCAAGGAACUGAGUCGAGGGUGCCGUGUAUUUCUUUUUUUGUUCCGAGCUUAGUUUCUUUGUGUGCUGACACAAUCGCAGCUAACUUCGAGGUGAUUCCUGAAGUGGAUGCUUUGGCUGAUAGCUAUCCUGAGUUGUACGAAAUGGUUAUUGAGAGGCUGUCGACGGAGUUACCACUGAAGGUAAGCGUUCAGCGCGUUCAUUGUGAGAAGUUUUGGCGUCGGUGCAGCGAGUCUCGGUGGUCGUUUGGGCAGUUAAGUGAAGGAACUCGGGGAAAACUUGUGGGCGGCACCUACCGUGGGUGGAAGCAGUUCUUCCUGGAGCGUCUUCUCAGAGAUUUUUUGAUGGGUUUAAAGACUGCAAAACCUUCAGAAAAUGAUGAGCAGCAGCUUUUAGAACUUUGUAACAUUGGCAGAGACUAUAUUUACUCACUGGAGCUGCCCUGCCAAACUGCUCACCUAGACGUGUAUGGAAUGAUUUUAUCGCGCCUGCCCCAUGUUUUGAACUUAAGCCUCACUUACAGCGUGAAUAAUGUUGAGGUAGGCUUCGAAUGGGAUAUGAUCGGUUUUACAGAGGAUGAUGCUCUCUCUAUACGUUAUGUUCUCCGAAGGUACACACCCCUUGUUUCCUUGCGAUUACCGAACAACCGCAUUGACAGUUCCCUAUUAAAGGGUAUAAUCAGCGGUAUCGUGCAAAAUACGUCGAUUAAGGUGCUUGACUUCUCAUUCAACCGUAUUGAUGAUGAGGGCGCUAAGAGCCUUGCGCUGCUUCUGUGUAAGGAGGAUCUUCCUCUUGAGGAGCUCUAUUUGAAUGACAACGGUAUCCGUGGGGAAGGCGCUGCCGCCAUCGCUGAUGCUUUGACUCUAAACAAGAGGUUACGUUUGUUGAACCUGCGUCUUAACCGUAUUCCUGAUGAUGUUGGUGGUGUAGCCCUUGUCGCCGGCCUUGCGUCACAUAGUGCACUGGAGGCGCUCGACAUUUCACAUAAUCUUUUAGGUGAGGCCACCGCAAGGGCGUUGGCGGAAAUCCUGCCGAGUCAGAACUCUCUUCUAUCAUUGAACAUCGCUGGUAACAGGGAUCUUGGCGUCAACACAGGCGAAUUGCUGCUGAAGGGACUGAAGGAGAACAAAUCGCUCCGUUUUUUUGACUCGCGAGGCAGCGGAUUAUCACUAGAACACGUUGCUGCGAUGGAAAGACAAAUUCGGUCGGUGGUACAAUCAGACAAAAUGAACGAUAUUCAAGCAAGAGACAAAAAGAGUCGUGAAAUAAUACACCGAGAGGUGGAGGAGAAAUUAUCAAAGAUUGUCAGUGUUCGGUAG